CUCUUACAAAAAAAUUAUCCGACUAAUAAAUUCCAUCAAAGGGGCUGUCUGUCCCAUCUUCUUCCCUCUUCUCACUUCUCGCUAGGGCACACAGACUCGCACACGAACAAGCUCUCUCUGAUCUCUCCUUCAAGGCUAUAAAAGUUACUGAGUAAAAGCUUUUCAAAUCAGUCUUCUUCUGUUUAUUGACUGUCAAGACAAGGAAGGGUUACUUCUCAGUGAGGAAUGAUUGUUUGCAUGACCUUUUGACCUUGGUGCAAUGUCUGGGUUAAUUAAUUCUUCUCUAAACGGAUCAGCUUCAAAUCUUCCGGACAGUAAUGGACGAUCUUUUGCUACAUCCUUUUCUGGACAGUCUGGUGCAGCCACUCCUAUUUUUCACCAUAGCGGACCCAUUCAAGGGUUGCAAAACAUUCAUGGGAGCUUCAAUGUUCCAAGCAUGCCAGGUACACUUACAUCGAGAAACUCAACAAUGAAUAACAUGCCUUCUGGUGGGGUUCAACAACCUGCUGGGAGCCUCUCUAGUGGAAGGUUUGGGUCCAACAAUCUUCCUGUUGCUCUUUCUCAGUUAUCUCAUGGAAGCUCCCAUGGACAUUCAGGAGUCACGAAUAGAGGAGGUAUUAGUGUUGUAGGAAACCCUGGAUUUAGUAGUAACACAAAUGGAGUUGGUGUUUCUAUUCCUGGGAUUCUUCCAACCUCUGCUGCUAUUGGUAACCGGAAUGCUGUUCCAGGAUUGGGAGUUUCCCCAAUUUUGGGAAAUGCAGGUCCUAGGAUUACGAGUUCAAUGGGAAACAUGGUUGGUGGGGGCAACAUCGGGAGGAACAUAAGCUCUGGUGGGGGAUUAUCUAUUCCUGGACUUACUUCUCGCCUAAAUCUCAGUGCAAAUAGCGGAUCUGGAAGCUUAAGCAUGCAAGGACAAAAUCGAUUGAUGAGUGGAGUGCUUCCACAAGGAUCUCCGCAGGUAAUUUCUAUGUUAGGCAAUUCUUAUUCCGGCGCUGGAGGGCCACUCUCUCAAAGCCAUGUUCAAGCGGUGAACAAUCUGAGCUCUAUGGGCAUGUUGAAUGAUGUGAACUCUAAUGACAAUUCACCCUUUGACAUAAAUAAUGAUUUUCCUCAGUUGACAAGUCGUCCUAAUUCCGCAGGCGGUCCUCAAGGACAAUUGGGUUCUUUAAGAAAGCAGGGUCUCGGAGUCAGUAGCAUUGUUCAACAAAACCAAGAGUUCAGCAUCCAAAAUGAAGAUUUCCCAGCUUUACCUGGAUUUAAAGGUGGUAAUGCCGAUUAUGGUAUGGAUUUGCACCAGAAAGAACAACUUCAUGAUAAUGCCAUGUCAAUGAUGCAACCUCAACAUUUCUCUAUGGGGAGAUCUACUGGCUUCAACUUGGGAGGAUCUUUUUCAUCAUAUCGUCCACAGCAGCAACAACAACAGCAACAUACUCCGUCUGUCAGUGGUGGUGGUGUCUCUUUUUCGUCUGUAAACAAUCAAGAUCAUCUCCACAACUCAGAUAUAUUCCCAUCUUCGAAUUCGACAUAUCAUUCGCAGGCCAGUGGACCUCCAGGAAUGGGACUAAGACCUCUGAAUUCUCCUAACACUGUUUCCGGUAUUGGUACAUAUGACCAUCUUAUUCAGCAGUAUCAACAACAGAAUCCAUCCCAGUUCAGAUUACAACAAAUGUCGGCCGUAAGUCGAUCCUUUAGGGACCAGGGAGGCAUGAAACCAAUGCAGGCAGCGCAAUCUAUUCCGGAUCCCUUUGGUUUGCUUGGCCUGUUGAGUGUUAUCAGGAUGAGCGAUCCUGAUCUAACCUCACUAGCUCUUGGAAUUGAUUUGACAACUCUUGGGUUGAACUUAAAUUCAACGGAGAAUCUCCACAAGAAUUUUGGUUCACCAUGGUCUGAUGAACCGGCCAAGGGUGAUCCAGAGUUCACCGUCCCUCAAUGUUAUUAUGCUAAGCAGCCACCCCCUGUACAUCAAGUCUAUUUUACAAAAUUUUCUCAUGAUACAUUGUUUUAUAUAUUUUACAGCAUGCCGAAAGAUGAAGCGCAACUGUAUGCUGCCAAUGAACUUCAAAAUCGAGGAUGGUUAUAUCACAAAGAGCAUCAUUUGUGGUUUUCACGGGUUGCCGAACCACUUGUCAAGACAAACACUUACGAGAGGGGAUCUUACCACUGUUUUGAUCCCAUUGCGUUUGAAAUAGUCCGCAAGGAUAAUUUUGUGCUCCAUUACGAGAUGAUGGAAAAGAGACCGGCUCUACCUCAGCAUUAACAAUUUUUUUCCUAGUUCACAAUGUACAUUUUCGGUUGUUGAACAUUGAUUAGAACGUAAGUCAGCAUGCACCAUUAAUAUUUUCCAGAAAUUUGUCGAUUGUUAGCAGUUGUCCCCCCCUUAUCAUAUAGUGGUCAUUGUCAAUCAAGCAUUCUUAUUUCAUGCAUCUAAGCAUCUUAUUUGGAUUACUGGCUGAUUACAGGCUAGGAAAAAUAAAUGUAACUUGUUGCAACAGCUA